GCGUUGGCCGGGUGGAUCAAUAAUCGGUGAUCGAUGCCACCAAGCGCUAUGACCACACCACCGUAUCUCCGGCGAGUCUCUCCGGCGGCGAGUUGCUUUGGCUGCGCCGGCGGCGAGGCCCCCACCUUGGACGACAAUGACGUGGCGCCGCUGCUGGACGUCGAGACCGGCGGCGGCGAUCGGAGAGGACGGCCGUCGGCGGAGGAGAUGAGGACAGGCAAGCAGCCCCGCCGCGAGCCGACGACGACGGACGCCGAGAUGAUGCACGAGUGGAACAGGGCCGGCGUUAUGGCCAUCAAGUGCGUCGUCCGGGGAGUAUUGACAGUGUUUUGGCUGUAUAUGGUAGAUUUAGUGAGAAGACUUUUCAGUACCCACAUACUUGGAGCCUUAAUAGCGUACGUGGUGGCAAUGUUCGUUUCGUUCACUUUUGGACGGUAAGCGAGUCAUUGGAAGAGUUGCAUGUGGCACCAUUUCACACUUUCAUCCUACGGGGAGUAAGCAGCACUACGUGAAUUACAAUGGAAAAUUAUUUUUAUUCCUCGAGAGGUUAUUGUUUGCAUGUCAUUUAGAUAAAUAUAAAAAAUUUGAAA